UCGGCGAUAAGCACCUCAUGUAAAUACACAGCCGGGAAUUUGCGCGCGGCCAAUGUUUACAUUCUCACUCUUCGUCCGGCCGCUGGGCUUCCGUUUGCCACGCGUCCGUCGUGCGUGCGACACACGAAACAUAGUUUUCCCACGGUGCUAAUAUUUGCGUACGUACGAUCGCUUCGCUUUCCCGAUCAUUUGCUUAUUCCUCCUUUGAUUUGACGACGUGAGAAGUAUGUGAAGAAAUGCAUGUCCAAAAUUCUUGCAAACUUUCUGUGCUAUUUUCUUUUUAUAUAUUUCGACGCAUUUUGCAGGAAUUUUUCCGGACAUGCGUUUUCUUGCUUAUGACGUCAUAAGUCAGGAAGAUCGCGGCGAACAGGCGUUUUUAACGCGUGCGUAUGCUUGUCAUAAUCGUCUUAAGGUGCUAUUAGAUGCAAGCGUUCGAGCGUCGAGUGUUAAACCCGUGCGCAGCACCUUUGCGCAUAAAUUUAAAUCGUUCAGAUUUCAGCGUCUUGACGCUAUUAGCGCAAUGUUGCAUAAUAGAAUCCGUGUCUCUUUCUGCGAAUAUUUGUAACACCUAAAACCUUUUUUUUUAUUUUGUUCAUAUUGCAUUUGCAAUUAGUGAUAUUAAUGCAAUUAACUCCAUGUUUUGUUUGUAAUAUUCGUUACUGAUAAUGUUAUUGCAUUUUAAUAACCACAAAUGAUGCCGAUAAUUAAUAAACAUUUUGUAAUAUCUUGCAGUUUUUUCUGAAUUGCUAAUAAAUAUCUCGAAAUUCAACUGACAGUUCAGUAUGUAAUCAAAUUAAUUUUGCGUUUUAGCAACAACUCACUAUAUAUUACUAUACAUGUGUUCAACACUUGACCCUCGACGCUUUAUACAUAAAUUCAUUGUUAUUUUUGUAGCUAUUAAUAACCUCAAUCGUUGGUUGCGCGUGUGAUAUUUUGCGCCAACAAACAGUGUUUGUUCUUCUGAUGUGUGACGUCUGUCGAAAAUAAUAUUUAUGCCGUUUGAUGCGGAAUGGGGGGUAACGUUACAUCAAGCGAAUUGCGAAUAUGAGUGCCAAAAAUUCGAGACACAUUUGCGACAUCUUAUCGCGGCAUCAGACGUCACGAGCGGUUGAUGUAAUUUUUAUCGAAAUUUUUGUCAAACUUUCAUCUUAUUUUGUUUACACCGACGUGGUAGCCUUGAAACGUAAUGAAAUUAAUGGCAUUUCUUCAUCACAAAUAUCGGUUUCUGGAGAAUGUUAAACCAGGUCGCUGCUCUGAAUGAUUAAUAAAUAACCAUUUAAUAAUAUGUGCGAUGAAAAAAUUGUCAUAACCUAAUUGCAUGGCGUCUUGAAAUUAUACAUUUGCUUUUUUGUCGUCAUAAGCUAAUUGCAUGGCGUCCUGAGGUUAAAUUUGGUAUUCACUUUGUAGAUAUUCGUGCCUGCUUUAUUUUAUUAAUUUGUUUGUUUAUUCAUCUCUCGAUACGAUAUAUGCAACCAAAGCUCGCGAGUGUAUCGCGCGGUAGGAACGAUCGAGUUGAGCGAAUCAGUCGUGAAUCAAAUCGUGAAUCGAUCGAUAGUGCGGAACGAUCAGUCUGCAAUUUGACAGUGAUUAAUCGACUAUCAAUCGAUUCUCUUGUCCGCCAUCUUGUUUCAAACGUUCUUCAAGCGAGUGUGUGCGUGCGCCCGGUGCGUGUCGGUUGCGUCGGGACUCGGUAAAUAUUUACGCGGAAACGAGCGUGUCGCGUGUUUGUUGAGUGUUUACAUAUCGGCACGCUCACGCAAUUCCGUGACGCGUUUGUGACAAGAGCGCGAUUAGUGUUUCAAAGUCGCGCGACGUGUGACGACCAGCUAACGAGCGGGAUUACCGUGACCUCCUGACCCGCACAGCGCGAACCUGCGACGACGUGGAUCUCGAUGACUCGACGGAUGACAUCGAUUCAGAAGAGACAAGAACGCCUCUUACACCGCAACAUGAUCCUGCGUGUUAAUUAAUCGCGCAUGGCCCUCGAAGGACAACUGGUCGGUUGGUCGGCGCGACGGCCCUUCGUUUGAAGUCUAAUCUCUAAUGGAACGGUCGCCUCAAUUAGGUCGGACUUAUUUUCGCCGAGCCGCGAUGUUUGAGCGCGCAUUAGUAGCCACGCGACCGCGCCACGCGCCGCUCGUUACGCCCCGUCGCCGUUGGCGAUUGUUUCCCCUCGUCUUCGGCGCAAAAAUGAUUAGAGUCUGUGCGGCAUGGAAGGCGAGAGAGCGGGCCGAAUGCGUCGCGAUAAUUGCGUGGAGUGAAUCACGGGAUUCACGCGUCCGCGAAUUACGCGAAUUACGGGGCGCUCCGUGCGCUUACAACCGCGUUUGGACAUGAUACGGUCCAUUUAUAAUUGACGUAGGUCGGGUAAAGGUAGGACAGGACAGGGCAGGGCAGGCGCAUUGUAAUCUUUGCGAAAACACGGGAGUUAUCUCCGUGAUUUUGUUACCUCAACCGUCGAGGCGCGUCAUCAGCUGUCGCCUCGCGAUAACGCGACGAGUUUCAUUCGGACGAGCGACACUGAUUGACGUUAGUUAAUUGAACUUUGAACCCGCCGUUUCAAAAAUACCGCAUCGCCUUCGUAUCUUUUUGUCGCCCCGUGGCCGUAAAUAGAAAAUGCAAGCAACGUCUAAAAAAAGAUAUGCUCUGAAAGAUUGAGAAAUCUUUCGCAAUUUUACGCUGAAGCUUUCCAACCGAGUAAUUUUUAAUGCAAUAACUAUUUCAUCAGAACAACGAAUUCAUAUCAAUUUUUCUCUUAACCAUAUUCUUUUCACUAUAACUGAUUGUUAUAUAAUUGAUUGUUCUGAUAUGACUGCUCUGAGAGAAAAAAAUAUCUGAAAGAUAAGAGAUAUUUAUUCGAUGGGUACUAAUGAUAUAUUUAUUCAAAUCUAAAUUUUUUUGUCUGAAUGAAAAACAAACGAUUACUUUCAUGAGAAGUUAAGUUUCUCAGUGUAACGACCAUAACAGUUUUCCUCAUCUAACUCCGACGACAAAAAAUGCUGAACAGGACAGACUUAAAAUGUUCAAAGGUCCGACAAAGCGCGAUUUUAAUUCCGAGACAAUGCGUGGGAGAGGGAAUCGGGGAGAUUUAUCGGCGUGGUCGCGGAACCGCAUUGAUGAGCCCGGAGUGCACUUAUGCAUUCAAUUCCAGGGAGCGACGAUCUUUCCACGCUCGGCGACGGUGCGCGCUCGAAUGUUAUGACAAUUAUGAGUUUUUCGUUUGGGGCACCCCCACCGGGGGUGGCACGUGGCCCGGCGUGCAGCGCGCCGGGCGAGUGGGGAAGCGAGGGGGAAGCGAACGGCGCGUGCCGCCGCGUGAGAACGGCCCCGCUCACACGCGUCACACGCACACGACACGCACGUGUGUGGCGCACACGCAGCCGCGAGAAAGAGGGAAAAGGGAGCGAGAGUGCGUGUAUGAUGCAUCUCUCUUUGUGGGAUUCACUUGCGCUCACGCAUUCGCUCCGACUUGUCGCGAAACGGCGCACUGAUCGGAUGUCGCGUCUCUCGCGAAUAAUGCAGGAAAAUAAUUUUCGUCAUUUGUCAUUCAAUCGUGUGUGAUGUUAUCUCGUGUUACACGCGCACAUGAGAAAAACACACGAGGCGGAAAGCAGCGGCGGAUUUGAUCUCGUUUCAAAACGUCCGCGCGACGUCCAUUGUGCGAUCAUUUCGCUAAUUGCGAAAUGGAAUUCCGCUCGUCGCAUACAUUUAUUUCGCGCGACGCAGUAUCGAUUACAUUUAAUCCACAAAUGGAUACGGGAGAAUUGAUAACAAAUGGACGGCGUGCCGCAUUCAUACGAAAGCCGCAUGCACACGGAAUGCACGUGCACGCACGUGUGCGCGUGUGCGUUUGCGCUUUACGCAGUGUCGUUCCUGUGAUCGUUUUCGGCAAACAGACUGAGCGAAACGAUCCGGGUCUCGAUGAACGAGUUCGCUUGUGUUCUCGACUGCACUUCGAUACGUUUUUUGAAGUCUUUGCGAUCUUUGCGUUAGUCUUUUCUUUCGCGCAAUUUCUCGUCCUCCCUCUUUCUCUGCAAUGCACGAGUUUGUUAUACAUUGUUCAACACCUAACUUUCUAUUUCGAAUUAAAUCAUUUGCGAUGGAAUUAACGGCUUCCAUGCGAAUUACGUAUCACGACAUCGAUUGCAUUUGCGAAAUGCAACGACAAUAGGAAAUGCAACGACAAUAGGAAAUAGCAACAAUCUAUUUACUGUUAUCCCUUUCAGCGAGAUUUUACAAUGCUAUACUUAUACUCUAACUAAACUAUCGGAGUAUCGAUCAUAUAACUUGUUUCUAAGAGCAGAAAAGUGAAAAGUUUCACGUGGGAAGUUUCAUAUUUACAUUGUUCGAGAAGUUGCAUGACCGCCAAAAGUGAAACUUCUCACUUUCCACAAGUUCACGUUACACGAUUGAGAUGUCCAGUUAUAAGUACAGCAUUUCAGCGUGAAGCAUGAACACUCGCUGUAUUCCAGCGAGUGGAGAUAGAAAAAGGUGGAGGCGACCUUUGAACUUCAAUUUGACAAAAUGUACCCGGGCCGUCGUGACGCUAUCUGGCGCGUGGUUGAACUGCUCCAUUCAAGCUACCAACGCGUGUGAUUGGCGUUUCUUGUCAGUCGGUUAUUGGUUUCCGACCGAGAUCGGCAGUCGAUACUCGUCGAUCACCCGCGCAUUAAUCCAAUUCGUCCUUACUCCCAAUCCCCAUGGGCCAUUGGGCGCGCGUUCUACUGUUCCAUCACGGUGUGUCGCGCACACGCACGACACGCGUGCACUCUCGUUACCGAGCGGCUCGUCGAUUAAUUGCCAACACCUCGAGCAGUCCCAUUCGGGCCCAUCGACGCUCUCUCGUUUGCGGCUUGUAAUUACUGCUCGCGCCACCCAACCAACCCCCACAUCGACGAUAUCCCGCGUAUGAUCCUCACGGACAAAUUAAAGCUGCUUCCGCGGAGUAUCGUUCGCGGAUUAAGCGUCUCCUCGCCGCUCGAGAAAUCGAAAAAUCAACCCCUUCGCCGUGGAAAUUAUUGUUGCUCCGAGUCGCGUUUGCUAUUACCGGCCUCUUAUUAGCCCCACCCACCUGCCCGAUCAGCCUUUCGUCGAGGUUUCGGAGCGGGUCGCAAACUCGCUCGGAAGUUCUCCCGAGAGAUCACACGGGGUUUGCGGUAAUAUCCGCAAGCUCGCGCGGUCCCGCGGGGGGGUGCCGAGCCACGGCGUUCUCGGCCACCUUUGCACACGUCGGCGACGGGGGGAAAGGAGGCAUGACGCGCGUCGCGUACGUCGAGGGGGUGAUCGUGACGCCGGCGGAGUCCGGGCCGGCACGGCCGAGGUUAUAAAUAGGACGGCACGCCGCUCCGGAGCGGUAUUUCGUCGCGUGACGCCGUGACGUUCGCAUCGAUCCGACGUGCUGGUGAACGUAGGCGCAGGGCGGGUAACAGGCGUUCGCGCACACGGCCGAAAAUCAAUCCGGCGCGUAUACAGUCGCGCGGCGUAGUAGAGAAAUAAUCAGGCGAGGUGAGGCCUCUCUUUCUCUGUCUCUUUCUCCCUGUCUCUAUCUCUCUCUGCCGCUCCUUCGCGCUCUCUGUCCGCCUCAACCCCGAAGACGAGGAGGCGUCGCGAGGGCCUAACCACGAGGUAGAAACCACCGUCGCGCGCUAGCUGCCCCGGUGUCUCUCUCUCUCUCUCCGCGAUGCUGAAGAAGUUGCUGACCAAGUCCGGUCGCAGGAUCCUGCGGGCGAUCAAGAAGCUGUCUACCAGGAGCCGCAAGGCCAAAAGGUCGCGCAAUCCCAGCUCCUGGCACACGGCCAUCCCCGACCUCGAGACGACCUCGCUCUCGUGGUCCUUGCCGUCCUUAGACGCCAAAAGCAUCGACACGUACAUGACGUACGUGGCCGAGAACUCGGAGGACUGCACGUCGAGCUGUUGCUGCUGCGACGAAUACGAGGAGAACCAGAGGAAUGAGAACCGGGAGAACGAGAUGAUAAUCUAACGUCCGUGUCGUUAGGCUCGUUCGUUCGUUCGUUUGUACGUAUGUUCAUCUCGCGAUCGAGAUCGACCCCGGCCGAGUCCGGGUGAAUUACGCGCUUACGACGUCGAAACGACAUUUAACCCUUGACCGGCGACACGCGCGGCUACUUGUCCGUCGCUUUCCUUCGCGCCUCCGUAAGGACUCUCGACGCGGAUACGAUUGCUCGUAAACAGAAAAAUAGAAAGGAAGGUAAAGAAGAUAUUGUGACUGCGAGUGCAAUAUACAUACUGAGAAAAAAAACUUGGAAAUUUAUUUGUGCAAUAUAAAGUUCAUGUCUGUGAAAUAUCGUUUAUUUCUGAAAAAUAAGGUUCAUUUUUUAGAUAAAGUUUGUUUUUAAAUUUUGUUUCUGAAAUUGAAAAUUCUUUCUGAAGUUGAAUUUGAACAAUUUAUUUGUGGGAUGUAGAGUUUAUUUCUGUGAAAUAAAAUUUAUUUCUGAAAUAAAGUUUGUUUCUGAAAUAAAAUUUAUUUCUGAAAUUAAAAAUAUCUGCCGAACCUUAAUAUAAACUUGAAAACCUUUUUAUGUGAUAUGAAGCUUCUUUCUGAAAUCGAAACUGUCUUCUGAGUUUGAAAAUUUACUUGUGGGAUAUAAAUUUACUUCUGGGGAUUACUUUCGCAUCCCAUAAGUCAAAUAUUUUUCCCAACAUUUCAAGUAUUUUUUUCUCAGUUCACGAGCGUCCCGAGAGAGAAGAUCAGUCGGGGGACUCCCCCGUUCCCGUUACCGGUUAAGGGUUAAUCACGAUCCCUCCGCAAUCCGUUCCACGCAGGGGCGCGCUCUUAUUUUUCGAGACGUCGUAUUUCGGCAGCAGGCUUAAUUAAAAAAAAAAGGAAAAUAAAAAAGCUGCCACGUCGAUCAUAUGCCGCCCCUCGGAUCAUCGCAAUCGUCGUAACGUGACCGUCUAUCUCCUAUCGUUCGUCGAGAGGCAAAACAGCGCGCGACGGAGAGACGAUAAUUUAUUUCCAGUUAGUCUUCCAUACGGAUCGUCCACUUGUUUGCGGCGCGAGGCGCUCGCGUUUACCUCGAUCUCAUUUAGUCGAUAUUAGCCUCGCAGUUUUUCGUUCGUUAAGCGCGACGCGACUUAUUUAUUGAUUAUCCCUCUCCCCCAUAACGAUCGCGCCCAUCGUAUCGACUGAUUCGCCGCGAUCGGCAAUGCGCUACCACAGUCCCAUUUUAUUCGCGUCGACGUUACGGUCUUGUUUCCUCGUCCCGUCGCGUUAGGAAACAGCAACGCGCCGUUUCGCGUCAUCCUCUCUUUCGUAAUAGAGUAUAGCAAUACAUGACGUAGUACAAAGAAAAGAAAAAAAUAUAUAUACACACAUAUACACAUAUAUCGUUUAGCGCGUUAUCGACUAGUCCGUUCUUGCGCGCGAGAGAACGCGACGGCCGAAAUAAUAGGACUUUUCCAUUCUUCGUACGAUUAACACUCGCGUGUGCCGAGUGUAACCUGGGUUGAUCACUGUAUUUCGCGUACGGUACUCGAGUUCACCGGCGUGUCGCGAACUAUUUCAGGCGAUCAAUAAGUUACUUUCGAUUCGCUGUACUCAACAUGUACACGUUUCGCACGGCGGGACCUCUCUUCAACUCUGUCGGGAUAAUUUAUACUUCUAAUCGGCGUUACUCUGAGCCGAAUACGAAUUUCGAGCAGAUUUAGAUAGAUUAGUAAGCGAAAGGUGACGGGGGAGAAUUGUGCGAUUCGUCUGUUCAAUUAGCUCAACAUCACUCGCACUCGCAUGUGUGUAUCUAUUUUCGGGAACGGCCGAAUUUAUACAUGCGUGUAUCGGUGAGAAGCGCUCGAUCCGAUAUAAAAUGAUUCGUGUAGGACACGAAGGAUCCUUCCUGCCACUUAUCGGCGCGAGGAGAUUCGAUCUUUUAACUCGAUGUUGUCGUCACUUUUGCUCUAAUCGUCCUAGGUGUUCAAUAUUUCGCGCGCGGUCAAGGUGCACUGUUAGAGAUUAGUUAGCUGAUACAUGUACAAUCGGCCCUCAGUCAGCUGGGAAACACUGAUCGGCCUUAUCCUAGGGCGGGAAAGAGGAAUUGCGGCUCGUACACGCAGAAAAAUACAUACUGUAUUCAAAUGAGUGUCAUUUGCUUCGAAUAUCUGUUUGUCCGCUAAGCUAUCGUGAGUUCAUCAUAAGUAUCAAAUAAAAUCUUAGCAUUUUACUCGAGAAUAUGAAAUUGGCCUCUUUAAGAUUUAAAAUGACUGUACAAUCCUCCUAAUGGUAAAUCUCUUUCUUUUUAAUAAACUUAUUCAGUUUUAUUUUCUUUUUAUUGUUCUAUUUUCUUAGAAAGUAGAAGUAUUUUGGAAGAUGGAAUAUUUAAUUUUCAGUUAUAUUUGCUAAAACAUACGAUAGUCUAAGUAAAUCAAAGGGAGUUUAAUAUUUUACCAUGCGACAUUUUUUCGCGCAUACCACCCAAGGGAUUAAAACAAACAUUCACUUUUGUUUACUGCAUUCAGUUAAACUAACUUUAUCUCCGAUGAGACUUUAUAAUGUCCUUGUAGAGAGAAGAGAUUAUACUUUUGAGUGCAUGACGAUGAAUCUUUCCAAAAUUUAUAAUGAAUACGUUUGAAGACUGCUAAUCAAAAGAAAAUAUUGCCUGUUGAAGAGAACCAUUACUUAUAUAUGUAUACCAAAGAAGGAAAUUAAAGCGAGCAGUCGCUUUUCUUAGCGGUGGGAUGCUAUUUUUCCCCGUGUGCGUGCCGUAUUUCGCGAGAUGGUCAAGAGUCGUUUCGCGAAUCGCGAACGGCCCCUGGUUCCCAUGUCGAUUUACUAUGACUUUCGCGACUCUGCCGGGUCGCUGGCGGCUAUCGAGGGCGUUUACGCAAUAAAAUCGCACCGGCCUGAUCACCCGAAGCAAGCUCUACUCUUUCCGAUCGUUCUCUUCAGCACCCUUUGCUCAAGCGCGUCUCUAAUUUCCGCUAGAGAGUAGCGAGGAUGCGUUUAUUCUUCCUACAGGUUGAUUUAUAAUAAGAUAACGAGCGAGUCAAGAGAGACGGAGAUGACGAUGGAGGAGAAGAUGAUGACGAUGAGCUUUAACGACUUAUGUGUAUAGAUGCAGAAUAUUUAUAUGUACAUAGAGCAACGCACGAAAAUAUGGAUGUGUACGUAGAUGUACGGUGCGUGUUGGUACUCUAUCGUAAGCGUCGAUAAGGCUGUGACUUUGUAACGGAUGUGAGUGUCAUAAAUAAAAUGGUUUUAUUGACGA